UAAAUUGCAUCCUCCCCUGCCUUGCCCUGCUCUACUAUACUUUACCCUAUAGCUUAGCAAGUACUCUACUCUACCGAAGCCUGAAAUACUAUACCUAUAACCGGUCAAUCGAUCACUUCGGAAUCGCCAUCUGUUCUCUUCCCCCCCUCUGCACAGCUGCUGCUGCUGCUGGUUCUGCUGCCCCGCUGCCACUUCCCCUCCACCUCCACCUCAGCUUCAACCAAUCAAUCAGCCAGUGAACCCAUCGAAAUAGGGUCGCCCUCCACCCCCCCCUCCGGCCAUAGCCAACCAUGUCCGCCGCAACAGCCGGAUCUCAGUCGACCAGCGCAUUCUCGUACCAAGGUUCCUUCUCAAGCACGCACUGCGGUUACUGCGAAACGGAUCCCAAGGAAAAUCCUCCAUUACGCUCGUCGUUCUACCUGCGCACAAAGGUCUUGACAGUAAGGCAUUAUCAAUGUCUCGUCGACCGUGGAUGGAGACGGAGUGGAACUACAUUGUACAAACCUCACAUAACCCUUUCAUGUUGCAAGCACUAUACCAUACGUCUUCACGCCGACACCUUCAAGGCAUCCAGGGACCAGCGGCAGUGUCUGCACAAAUGGACUCGCAACGUGCUUGGCGAGGAUUAUAUCCGGGAAGCUGCAAAGAAAUAUCCCAAGUCCAAAGAAGAGAAAAAGAAACAGAACAACAGUUUCAACCUGGCGGAGAGUGUUCACGCACCGGAAUACUCUACCAUUGAAUCAUCCAUCCCGCCCGAGCCGGCGCACAAGUUCGAGGUCACUCUUGAGCCCGCAUCUUUCUCUGACGAAAAAUACGAGGUCUAUGAGAACUACCAGCGCAAUGUCCACAAGGAGGAACCGCACGAGAUCAGCGCCGCAGGCUUCAAGAGGUUUCUGUGCGAAUCACCACUGCCCACGACGACCACGGAAUCGGGCAAGCGGUUUGGCUCGUACCACAUGUGCUAUCGCCUCGACGGACGGCUGAUCGCGAUGGGCGUGCUCGACUUGCUCCCCGACGUCGUCAGUGGCGUUUACUUCAUCUACCACAAUGACUUUGAGAGCUGGCACUUGGGCAAGGUCAGUGCCUGCCACGAAGCAUGUCUGGCGAAGGAGGGAGGAUACGGGUGCUACUACAUGGGAUACUACAUCCCCUCCUGCCAGAAGAUGCGCUACAAAGCCACCUACGGUCCCUCGGAGCUGCUGGACCCCUCCACAAACGUCUGGGUCCCGCUCACGGCAGACCUAAAGUCCUCGCUCGAAGCCGACAGCACCUGGAGCAAUCGCUUCUCGGGCCCCCCUCCCGAUCUCGAUAUCGAUCCUAGCAACGCAGGCGCGGGCUUCUCCAUCGACUCGCAGAUGCCGGGUAUAAUGUCGCAGGAGGAAUUGGACGAGUUCGAUCUCGGCGCCGUCAAGGUGGCUGCGAGAACCUUUCAGACGACGGCCGAUAACUUGCAGGGGUUCGAGGAUACCGAGGGGAUUCUGUAUAGGGUCGUUAGGGAGACGGUGGCAACGGUCGGGCCGGAGGUGGCGAGGGAGAUGGUGUUGAGAUUGGGGUGAACGGAGGGGGUGUGUGGUGUUGCUGUACCUAUGUGUGGUAGAUGUUUGGAAUUCGAACGGAGGCCCAUCUCCUCUCUCUCUCUCUGGAUAUACUCGCGGAGGCGGUCCUAGUAUGUAUAGAGUAUCUAGGUGCGAUGAGGUGAAGAAAAAAAAACUCUAUUGGGAGGACAUGAUGCAGGUUGGCAUGGCUACUGCGGCAGUCUUCAUAAAAUCCGUAUGUACCUAUGGAGGUAUUCGGUUUUGUUUCUUCAUUUAUUAAAUCAUGGCGAUCUGCGCUUUCCUCGCCAGACUGCAGUGUCUGUAUAUAAAUGAAGAGAGAGAGAGAGAGUUUCCAGACUAUGGUGAGUCUGUAUAUGGAGUACUUGGCUUCAUAAUCAAUCCGACCAGCGUGGAGCA